CCUAUUUCUCGCCCUUUCUCUUUUCUUUUCUUGUACAGCUCUCUCUCUCGUUCUUUGCGCCAUCUUUCAAUGCAGGCGCUUCUUGCAAGUGACUCGCCAGUCACUCUGUUUCUCAAUGACGGCCUGCUCAGUGUCGCCACGGCAAUCCCAUUCGUGAUUCCAGCUGGAACAUCCAUCCAGAGCGCAGCCUCCAUGUGCCAUCAGGCCUUGUUUGGAACGCCAAGCUCCGCUGCAAAGCUGUUCACCGACCUUGGCGUGGAACUCAUGCCCGUGUCGAUGAGCCGCACACCGCUUGUCAUUCCUGCCAACCAAGCGCUGGUGGUGACAGGGGGCGAGCCAUUCUUCCCGCUCACCAUGCACUCGCAAAUAUACCAGGACGCAACGGGAGCGUCGGUGGCGGCUGGCCACACGCUUGCCGGAGACAGCCAGGCCACACAAGACCGGCUGUCUGGCAUUUACAACGAGUCGCGCCGCGUGCAAGAGCAGCAAUACCGAUUGCUCCAGAGCUUGUUUGGGCAACUCGAGCAAGCCCAGACGGAGCAGCAGCAAAAGCAGCUCGAUCCGCUCGAGCUGGCCUCUGCCUCGCAAGACUUUUUGGACACGGCCGCUCCGCUUGUCACUCAUGACUUUGCCAAUGUGCUCGACUCGGCCGUUCGCGCCUUGUACCGCAACGACGGCGAGAUCGGGCCAGACAAGCUCGCCUCGCAUGUCUCGUACGCCAUGCACGACCUGCAGCUGAUGGGCCAGCCCACAAGUACGUUGACAUUCCCGUCUGCUGCAGCUGCUGCCGCUGAUGUUGCUGCUGCUGCUGCUGCUGCUGCUGCUGCCGUCGAUGCCGCUGCCGCUGCCACCACCACUAGCUCCGCCACCUCCUCCUCGUCCUCUACAGCCGCCAAACCUCACACUGGUGCUGUUGCCACGCAGCAAGUCUCAAACUCAAUCGAGGCCAUCUUCAACAACAUGGCGCUGCCUCGCCUGAACGUGCCAGUGGCCACACGUGAGCAAUUGAGCGUGGCCAACUGGACCAGCCAGCCUGCGCCCGAAACCAUGGACAUGUGCACCAUCAACCGCAAGCUGCAGGUCGAGCGGUACCGUGAUCGCCUCAACCUUGGCGUUGCCGACUCUGUCUAUCGCGUCAACCCUCCCGUCCGUCCUGGCGCGCUCGAUGAGCUGUCCAAGGCCGAGUCGCCAGCUGCCAGCGAAACUGAGAGCACCGGCUCUGCGGCCCACUCUACCUCAACUGCUGCAGCCGCUUCGAUGGCAGCACCGCCUGCAGCGGCUGACUCUGCGCAUCACGAAGAAUUUAGCAUGGACAUGAGUUCGGACGAGGAGUCGGGCGCGUUUUCCAUGGGCUCUGGUGCGGGCGCCGCGCGAGGCAAGAAGGUCAAGGAGCGAGGAAUGAGUCACAAGCAAGCCGAGCAACGCGCCCGGGACCGAUUGCGCACAUCCAUGCAAGAGCUGGUGCUUUCGCUCCCCGCCCCAGAGAAUGUCAAGAACGCGUCCCGCGCGACCGUGCUCAAGAAGGCGGCCGAGUUUCUCGCCUUCACGCGACGCCGAAAUGACACGCUCAAGGCCGAGAACGAUCGUGCCAAGCGCGAAAUCAUGGAGCUGGAGGCCGAGCAGCGGCGGCUGCAGCAGCAAAUCCAAGCGGCCAACCUGAUGACUGUCGAAAUCACCGACAAGAACCAUCGCUACGUUUUUGUCGAUCACAUGUGGGAAAUUGUCACAGGCUACCAGCGGACAGAGGCACUCGGCAAGCUUGUUCGAGACGUGGCCGGCUGCCCGACCUGCGCUCUCAUGAUUGAACGAGGGCUCGAGAUUAUGCACAGCAUUGAGAAGGGCAUCGAAUGGAGCGGCCUGAUGAUGAGCCGGCGCAAGGACGGCCGCAUUUUCGCGUCCCUGGCGCACAUUGUGCCCGUGAUGGACGAGACCGGACAGGUCAUUCAGAAUGUGUGCACUCGGCGGCACUUUCAUCUGCUCGAUCCCAUGCAGGCCUCCUCUGUGUGUACAUUUGAAAAGUCGCUCGAGGCGGAAGUCCAAUCAGCCAUUCCACUGAAUGUUGUCUCGCCUGAAAUUGUCGCUGCGGAUGUCUCGCAGGCGUUUUUGUCUGCACCCAUCUCGUGAUGCUUUUCGUUGGUGGUACGUGCCAUGUGUGUGUGUGUGCAAGUCGUUGAUGUUCAUGCCAUGUGUGUGUGUGUGUGUGUGUGUGUGUGUGUGUG